UUUUUUUUUUUUUUUUUUAACUCAGGGGUGGUGGCCGCUGUUUUGCUUCAUAGCUUCCAGAUCAGCCUACGAAAGCAUGGGAAUGUAGGAAGGGAAAUUCACGAGUAAACUCGCCGUAAACUGCUCGAUAAAGUUAGUGUAAGUCCCCCCUAAGUUGUUUCGCGUCCCAGGAGCUCGGUUGUAGCAGCACAGGUCGGUGGAGAAAGACGCUCGUUGGGACUUUCCACCAGCGAGCAAUCCCGGACAAAGGAAAAGAGACUCUAGCUAACGUUAGCUGGCUCCCGGGCUAACUUAGCAUUCCUCUAGCCGCGGCGCAAUGCAGGCCAUAAAGUGUGUUGUGGUCGGAGACGGAGCUGUGGGUAAGACCUGUCUGCUCAUCAGCUACACCACCAAUGCCUUUCCUGGAGAGUACAUCCCCACAGUGUUCGACAACUACUCCGCCAAUGUUAUGGUGGAUGGGAAGCCGGUGAACCUGGGUCUUUGGGAUACAGCAGGACAAGAAGACUACGACAGACUCCGCCCACUUUCCUACCCACAGACGGAUGUGUUUCUUAUCUGCUUUUCGCUUGUGAGUCCUGCCUCGUUUGAAAACGUCCGUGCCAAGUGGUAUCCUGAGGUGAGACACCAUUGUCCCAACACUCCAAUAAUCCUCGUGGGCACCAAACUGGAUCUGAGAGAUGACAAGGAUACCAUGGAGAAGCUGAAGGAGAAGAAACUCUCUCCCAUUACCUAUCCCCAAGGACUGGCCAUGGCCAAAGAGAUUGGCUCUGUAAAGUACCUGGAGUGCUCAGCCCUGACUCAGCGUGGCCUUAAAACUGUGUUCGAUGAGGCCAUCCGGGCCGUCCUGUGCCCUCCACCUAUGAAAAAGAAGGGGAAGAAGUGCUCUCUCCUCUAAGACUUCCUUCACUGGAACAGUUACAGGGGAGCAUGACCGCUAGUGGUGAGGGUGGCUAACGACACAGGAGAAACACACCAGUAUACACACACACACACACACAGACACACAAAAACAAUGUAUUUCAGAUUCUGUCCUUCUAUAUGUGUAGCUGCAACAGUUAUACCAACCGUUUCCAUGAAAACUCCAACAUAGGGUCAGGUUUAGGGUAAAAGAGUGUGGACUAUUUUAGACCCUAGUUAUUUCCUAACAAUGCAUACUGUAUAGACGAGACUGAAUUUCUUGAGGCCUUCUAAAACGGAUUGGAUGUUUUGUAGAACGGACCGUGGAAUGUCUUCAACUUUUUCUUCCACUGGUUGUCCAGUUUUUUGGUUUGUUUUUUGUUUACAGUCUUGGUAGUUUGUUUGAAGUGGAAGAAAUUUUGCCAAAUACACUCUGCACACAUGCUGUAUUUUAGCCGAAAAGAAAUCCUUUGUUCUGUCGUCUCAAACCUUUAAAACACAGCUGACAGUCUGCUGCUGUUUCCCUGCUGUUCAUAUCAACCAUUUAAAAGUCAAAAACUUCACUUUCUCUUUAUGAAGGCAGUCGUCACUCCUUGCUAUCAACAAACACCUUGAAGUAACAAUCUGUGAAAUUUAAUUGCCUCCAUUUUUUAUGUACCAUAACCUUUUUGCCAGUAAUUAAAUUUUGGCCCUAACAUGAUUCAUGUUAAUUCAUUCUUAUGGAUCAAAUGAAGCCUGAAGCACAGAGAGAAAAUUGAGACUGGGGGAAAAGGUCUGCUGACACCAACAGUGCUACGAAUCCCUGAAAAAUCUCCAGUAUUUUAUGCAUUUGGCUCCAAUUGGACCCGUUGUGUUUGUGGUUUUUUUUUUUUCUUUCCUCUUUGCAAUAUUCCCCCUAGAAGUGUCUCGACUGUAUGGCUGCCCAGGAGUGCGAAGCUGAAAACUUGAUUUUUGUAUUUGGAAGAGAAAUAUUCAGGUGUUUUGGUGAUGGGGAACAAGAGAGCCUUUAAUGCUCUGUGGGCAUUUAUCCGAAACCUUUUUGUGGAGCACAUUUGAUUUAUAUGUUAUUAUUUUUUAUUUUUAGCAUCACUACUGGCUAAGCAAUGUCACUAAAAGAGCAUUUAUGCCUGCUAAUAACAGUAACAAAGCUACUGUCGGUUAUGGUGUAGUAUACAGUGUACUCAUCUUUUUGUUAUAAUCAUGUGAUUUGACUAUUUUGUAUCUUUCUUCACAGAAGUUAGACUCACUCACUGUAUUGUUAAACUAACACUAUGAAUAUCUUUUGUUUAUUACCUCUGCAGUUAAUGCUACUUUAAUCUCCCCACAAUCCUAGCUUUUUGUAAUUAAUGCUGAUAGCAUGUACAUGUAUCAUAUACUGAAAACUAAGAUUAGAAUUUGCUACAGUUAUAUUUUUUGCCUAUUUACAAAAUGUAUUUGAACUACUAGAUCAGGGGUUAAGUACAUGUUGCUCAUCGGUAUUGUAUUCAGACUCCAAGCUGUGCUUUAAUUCAAGCCAAUGUUGUGACUCUUUAGUUUUAUGGACAAAAGCUAUUGUCACUUUUUGAAAAAGCCAAUAAAUUCCUGUAAAACAGA